CGGCCGGGCUGCGCCGGGGCUCCGGGGCGGUGCGGCGCGGUGCGGUCUCUUCUUCCUCCUCCUUCUCCGCGGCGGCGGCGCGGGCAGAUGCGGCGGAUCGUGGGGCGGCUCUCGCCCGCAGCGGGCUCCCGUCCCCCCGCCGCCCCCAUGGACGGCAGCGGGGGCAGCAGCCGCGCGUAGCUCGGGAGGCAUGCCCCAAACGCUGAGUUCUACCAGUAUGUUUACCCCAUGUGGCUUCAGCCCUCAUCUACAUACUUCAAAAGAAGAUGAACAAGGAGGAUUGAUCUUCCAGGAUGGAAACCUUACCUCAGCAUCUCUGGAUGCUCUAAUCCAGCAUCUGAUACCUACCACUGAUUACUACCCUGAAAAAGCCUAUAUCUUUACAUUCCUGCUGAGUUCCAGACUCUUCAUUGAACCCCAUGAGCUUUUGUCCCGCGUUUGUCACAAGUGCAUUGAGCAGCAGCGGCUGGACGACCCCGUGCUGGACAAGGCUCGGAUCAGAAAAUUUGGACCCAAAAUCUUACAGUUGCUGACAGAGUGGACAGAGACAUUCCCGUAUGACUUUCAGGAAGAGCGGAUGAUUGGCCAUCUGAAAGACAUGAUUCACAGGAUAGCCCCAUGUGAUGAGGCCUACUGGAAGAAGAUGAAUCAGCUUUUGCAAACCCUGAACCAGAAGCUUGCAACCCUCAGCCACGGGCAAGAAGGGAUUGUCAAGAUCAGUGCUGCUGUCUCUGAUAAGCUGGUUGCCUUUAAAAAUAAACCUCCAUCAAUUCAGAGAGAAAUCCUGAGCGUCUGCAGUGACCCCUACACUCUGGCUCAGCAGCUGACACAUGUGGAACUGGAAAGGCUAAGUCACAUUGGACCUGAGGAGUUUGUGCAGGCAUUUGUUCAUAAAGACCCUCUGGAUGGCACCAAGACUUGUUUCAGUGAACAGAAAAAGACGAGUAACCUGGAGGCCUAUGUGAAAUGGUUCAAUAGACUCUGCUAUCUUGUAGCCACAGAAAUCUGCAUGCCUGCAAAAAAGAAACAGCGAGCACAAGUCAUUGAAUUCUUCAUUGAUGUUGCCCGAGAGUGCUUUAACAUUGGGAAUUUUAAUUCACUGAUGGCAAUCAUUUCUGGAAUGAACAUGAGUCCAGUUUCCCGGCUAAAGAAGACUUGGUCAAAAGUGAAAACAGCCAAAUUUUUCAUUCUUGAGCACCAGAUGGACCCUACUGGUAACUUCUAUAACUACAGAACAGCACUGCGGGGGGCUGCUCACAGAUCCCUCACUGCACACAGCAACAGGGAGAAGAUCGUGAUCCCCUUCUUCAGCCUAUUGAUCAAAGACAUUUAUUUUUUGAAUGAAGGAUGUGCUAAUCGCCUUCCAAAUGGACAUGUCAACUUUGAGAAAUUUCUGGAACUGGCUAAGCAAGUAGGAGAAUUUAUAACAUGGAAGCAAGUGGAAUGUCCCUUUGAACAAGACCCGAACAUCAUCCACUACUUGCAUACUGCUCCCAUUUUCACUGAGGAUGGUUUGUAUCUGGCUUCCUAUGAAAGUGAAAGCCCGGAAAACCAGACGGAAAAAGACAGGUGGAAAUCCUUAAGAUCGACUAUUUUAGGGAAGACUUGAAGAUUAAGAGAUUAUUGCAGUAGGUCAAGGAAAAGAAAUCCGCAAACAUUUUGCACUACUGAUUCCAAAGAUGCCUGUUUGGGAUUUAGACAAUUUUUUUUUGUUUGAGUUUUUUUGUUGGGUUUUUUGACUGCCUGACAUGAUGGAUGAACUGGAUUCAUCCACCGAAAUCAACAGAACUGUGUGCACAAUGAUGCUUUUCUAACUAUGAGACAGAGAGAAGAAGGACAAACAGACUAUUUGUGGCUGUGCCCAAACUGCAUCAGGAUCGCUGUAACUUUUGCCUCUGAAGGAAAACAUAAGAAAAUCAGGAGUGUGGAGAACCGUGGUACUGCAAAAGAGAAUGGGAAAGUAUGUAAAAAGGAAAGCAGAAACCACACAUGAAUAUUUCAGAAGCAGGUGCUUCAGACAGCAGCUCUUUAAACCCUCUGAGGAUUGUAAAAUUAAAUCAAACACAGACACAGCAGCAAUCUGGUUAAUUGCUGAAUGAAGAAGGAACUUAAUCUUACAUUAGCAGUCCCCCGGCCUUGUUGAACAAAGCACUGACUGCUACAGGUAUAAGCUUCCAGCGGAUGAAAACUGACAUCGCUCACUCAUAUGUACACGUGUAUGUCACACAUAGACCACAGCAGCAUGGGCCAGUCGUACAGACCCUGUGAGUUUUAACAGAGGACAAUCUGAAGUAUGACUAUUGCUUACUUAUUCUUCCCACCACUGUUGUUGCUUUUCUUACUGUGAAUCUUGGCAGAUCUGAGGAGGGUGCAGAAUGUAGAUGGUUUUGCUUAAAGACCCCCACUACCACCGAAUCUAAAGCUGAACUGAAGAAGCAAAUUAGUCUGGACUCAACGUACCCCUAUUUAAUGUAUGUAGUGUAUUCUCUAACUUUGUUGAUGCUGAGUUACAUCUUUUAGAGGGUUUUAUCACACUUAAACAAAAAAGAUGUGACAUUACCAUUUGAAAAAACUCUGUCAGGUUCCAAUUAAUUCAGUACUGUUUAUUCCGCAAUGUGAUACUAAAAGGAUAGGGAGAGGGGGAUAAUUGCUCUGAAUAUUGGAACUACAUGGUAUGCUUUAAGAAGACAAAGGGUUUCAGACUAGAAUGCACUAAAGAAUUUGCCAUUCAUGAGCAGGUAACUAUUUUUCUCUCUUUUAUUUUUAGGAUCUAAACCAUGUUCACCAUUUCCUUACAGAUAAUACAAAGUAGGGACUACGUCUUGUGUUUAAAGUUGUACAAUAAUCAAGGUGCUACUGUAAUAUAUAUUAAAUGAUAAUGAACUAUAUGGAUAUUGGAUUCAAAACUAAGGCCUAACAGUAGACUAUUUGUAUGUGGAAGGACUGUUCCCACCUGCCCCAGAAAAGACUUCAGAAAGCUUAAAUGAAACCUAAAUGCUACAUGAUAUUGAACUUUGCAUUUUAUUACUGACUUGACGCUGGCCUUUUCAGAUGCUCCAGUCUUUCUCUGUCCACAACAGGAGGAUGUAAUCCUUUCUUUGCGAUCGGUAAUAGUUUGUUUCAAUACAAAGUGAUUCCAUAUGGCUGUAGUGCUUUGAAAAAUUAGGCUAAUUACAAAACCUGGCGGUGUUUUUAAGCCAGAACACUGGAACAGUUCCUGCCCUCUGCCAGGUCUCAAGAGUUAUCCAUGCCUGAGUUGUUGACAUGUGAGGCAUUGCUGAGCUAGUGUUUGAGGGCAGCUCUGACAAUUGAGCUGAUCGGGAGUGCAGCAGCCUGAGACAUGCUCUAGGUGAUAUACUAAAGGUUUGUAGCGGCUGUAGUGCAGUUCUUAGAUUGGGUUAUGAUCUGUGAAAACCUGUGCAGUCUGGGCCAUGGCCACUUGGAAUCCUCUGCUCUUGCAAUUACUGAGACGAGCAGGAUAGCUUCUAGGUUUGCAAAUGUAGGACUUCAGUUCUUCGUCUUGUAUAGGUCUAUCAGCACAUGAAUUCAAGUAGGGGGAACAUAAAAAAUGCCCUGUGUUUAUUGGAGCUAUGGAUGGAAGAACUAAGCGUAAGGAUGGUGCAACAUCAUUCUAGCCAGGGAAUUAUCACUAUUCCAAUGAUAGUGUUAAUAUGCUGUUCGUUAAUUUUUGCCAUUCCGUCAAACAGAACCAUUUCCAAAAUGAUGCCAUUAAAAGCCUGUUAAAUUCCAACCAAAUCCAGAGCAAUAACCAUAAAUAUAUCUACAACAUUAAAUGUGUUUGCUAAAUGGUCAUUUUUUUUCUUAAUGUCUGCAUCUGUUUAGCAGGCACAGUGUGACUUCAUAGUGGAAAUGUUGGUUUAUUUAUGUAAAACCCCAUGUAGGUGGAUGGGCUUUUUCUCCAAACCUGCUUUUUAAAACGCAAAUCCUCACUCCUUUUCUAAUGCGCCAGUAGAGACUGGUACAGCUGAGAUUGUAACACCUGAGCAUGAAUCAAAAUGUGAUUUCUCCUGAUAAUACUUUAUAUUCUUGGGCACCUUCCAUGAAUUCAGGCAAUUUCUUAAGUAUUAGUUAAAUUAGAUCUCACAAAGUUUAUCACUGUUGCAAACUAAACAACUUUCAUAGUCCAAAACUUUCAAGCCUCAGUGCUUAAAAUGGAAGCAUAAAUGUCAGAUUUAGGUAGGUAUUAAGGGCUUAGUGGGACUGUCAGAAGCACUAAAUUAUAUUUAAGCCUUUAUGUAGUCACACAUUUAAAGGGUCUUUUUGUCAGAGGUGCUAAACAUUCUCAUCAGUUGGGGAAUACCAAAUCAGUUAUUGCUUUAACGAGGUGUGUGAUAUUGAUCCAUGGUAUCUGGUGUCCAGAGACACUGGCUGCUGGUUGUAAAAUGACUUGGACAUGAGAGUACAUAGAAACUUAAGAAGACAGCACUUCUAAAAAACAGACCUUAGGAAUCACAGCUUGUCUUCAUAAAAUUUCCUAUUAAUAUAAAUACUAACAAUGUAAGCCUUAAGUUACAGCUGUCGGUUUCAUUUGUAAUUCAUAGUUGGCCUAACUAGAGUGUACACCCAGGAGGGUGGUUAGAGCCUUGUUUCAGCAACAGGUUUUACAGUGUGACCGGAACUGAAAACAACGGAGGACACUUUGGGGAAUAAAUUUCUUCCAAAAAUGUAUUAACAUUACAGAACAAUGAGGAAAAGCAUCCCAAUAAUUAGUGUUUUCUUGCUAUAAAUGUGUAAAGAACUCCUACCAUGCUGAAAAGAAAGCAGUAUCACUUAAAACCAAGCACUAGGCAUGUAGUCAUUAGACUAACAUCUAUACAAGUUACUGUUAGUAAUGUCAUGGCUUCCUAAUUCCACUUUUUUCAGUGGAUUCACCUCAUUGACAGCUGCUUGAACUAAUGCUGCACAGAGAGCUGAGCAGAACUGAACCUAUAGGUCUUGUAGUGUUAGUACCAAAACCCUAAGCUAGUAAAAUGGGAAUAUAUGACACAGAGUCUUUCAGAAGCAUUAACUUUGCUUCUGUGUGCACAGCAAUAUUUUAAAAGACCCAAAUACAUGAAAUCACUUCUGCACCUCCUCUAGUGUAGAGGAGUAGCAAAAGUCCUAUUUUUUCAUUUCUAGAGUGUGCCAUUCUGCAACACGGGGCUAGAUAAAAAGCCUGGUGAAGAACAAUGAGGGAAUUGUGUGCCUUCAGCUUGUGUUGAAGUCAGUAGAUGAACUUGCUCAAUGCCUUUCAAAAGAUACUUCAUCAUACAAUCUUGCUCUCAAUUUCAUAUCAGCAUCCAUCACAUUACCUAAUUAAAGGUGGUGGAUGAAGGCCUGCUGGACAUGAUGGAAUUUUGAGGGCAAAAACCUCUCGGAAUGAAUCUAGCACACGAGAACCCUGUGCACCAAAGUACACCAAGUUUAGCCUGUCAUUAUUCCUUCUGUUAGGCUGUGAACACAAUCCUGUCAUGCAGCUGGCUGGAAGCUCUCUGUGUGGAUAGAGAACAUGGAGAUCUGGAAGCAAACUGUGAUCCCAGCCACUGCUGAGAUGGCACUUAUCAAAGUGUGAACACAGCUGCUCAAGCACUUCAAGUAAGAAGCAAUUUAAGCAUAGAGAUAUUUUUCUCAGCUUGAAAAUGUUUUAUGAUGUGGUCAGUGGUGAUAAGAUAAUCACUCACUUAAAAUCAAGCUAGUCCCUUACUGAUACCUUCGUUACUUUGUCAUGGUUUAUUGCAAUAAUUUACGCACCUUUUCUUAAAGCACAUGAGCACUGGUUUGCACAUGACUGUAAAUCCAGUUUAGAAAGAGCUCAGAUUACUGAAUAUGUAACUGGAGUUAUCAAUAAAAAGACAUGUUAGUAGAAAGAAUAGUUAUGCAUAUCAGUGUAAAGACAUUAGUUAACCAUAUCUGGCCUAAAAAUGGCUGUGUUCCAUAGAACAAGACUGAUCCCAAGCACAGCGAUGUGCCAGAGGAAGAACACCAGUUGAUUUUUAUGGGCUUUGGAGCAGUCCUGCAGUUAUUAACUACAGUUUUAAGUUAUUCAUAGGGAUUAAUUUUCAUUGACAACUGGUAUAGUCCCUGGCCUUUCUUUUGAGGCAGGUGCAACUCUCAGAUGGGCAGGUGCACUGAGCAGGGUGAAAAUCCAGCCUUAGCAAAAGCUUUCUUUGACGUUGUUGGAGUUUCAGCAGCAAAUUCAAAGACUAAAUCUGAUCCAAUGAAUUAAUUCACGUCUGUAAGCAAAAUAUGACUGUCUGGCUCUAAGAACCUUUCUGUCUUUUUAGACUGGUAGAAAUCAGCCUUUCUGUCUCAGGUGUCUCUUUCUUUGGAAAUUAAAACCCCGCUGAUUGUGAACUGAUUAAUUCUAUUGUUGUAAUUGCAGAAUGGGGUUAGAAUGAAGUGACAAGGAAACAGGGAAAAGCCCCUUUGUUACUGCUUGAAGGCUCAUUGUAAGCUAAAGACUUUCUUUUCUUUUGUCCUUUUUAACAUGAUCUGUGGAGUGAAAUUACCUCAGUAGUUGGUGCAGGGCAUUACUGAACUGUGGCGCACAUAUAUCUGUUGUCUGUACGGCAGCACAUACACGAACAGUGGGAUGCAGAGAUCCUGUACAGAGCUGACAUGCAAAUUCAUAUCUGAGCCUGCAACUCUUAGUUUUCUGAUGCUGGGACACAUCCCUUUUGAAAGGUAGGAAGUUCACCUGGGGCAAAGCCUGCUUCCCUGUCUAUCCAACAGAAUUAUUACAAGAAGAUUCUUUAAAUCCUCUAGAGGAUUUGAAACACUGAAGAAUUUGUUACAUAGUUGACAGAGAUUUUAAGAUCUAAGCAACAUGGAAAAAUAAGUACUUAAAAUUACGAGAAAUACCUUGUUAACUUUCAUAUUUCACAGCAUGGCAGCAGAGUGGAACAAGAUACCUGUGCAUAUCUUCCUAUUAAUAUCAAUGGCUGCUGGGCAGGCUAAGGCAGGACAGAAUACAGUGAAAUACUGAUACAGAAAGGUGUACCAAGACUUGUGUUUUAGUGUUGAGUAUGUUGGAAAGAAAGCCCACUGCCUUAGAGUGUCUCCCUUUCCCUGCAACCACAGUGAGCAGUUCUGUGGAGCAGCUUUGCUCCGAGCUCAGCAGAGGAGGCAGAACAAGUUCCAUUUUUUGAUGGAACAGAUCUGUUCUGUAUUCAUUUCUUUUACAAUUCUUUUUGCAUAUUUUCAGAUAUGCAGAAAAUACUAAAUACGUUAAGCUAAGGCUCAUACAAGGCAUCACAUCCUGCAUUUUUUCCUUAUGCAAGAUGUAGAUAAGUAGCUGACAGCUCAUAUAGGUGGUAUUUCAUAUACUCUGUGUAGGUGCAAGACACUGAAACUCGGGCUAUAAGCUCAGCUACAGAAAAAAGCUAAGUAUGAGUAACCCCCGUGUAGAUCCCCUGCCCUGCACUAUGGCCAGAGGCAGGCUGCAAUGCUGUAAAUUCAGAGUGGCUUUAGACUGCUCGCUCUUCCCUUGAUGACUUCCCCCCCACAGAAGAGGUAUUUUGCUCCAUAAACAGCUCUUGCAAAAUGCCAUAAGAACAUUUUUCUAGUUCUUUCCCAUACAAGGGCCCUAUAUUCAUACUCCAGAGCUGUCAUAAUAGAAUAGGAGUCCUUCUCCUUUCAUCCUUGUGGCUCUAAAACUUCCAACCUGGACUAAUACGGCACUAAAGCAAUGUUCCCAGGCUGCCUUGAAUGCAGAAGACUUAUAGUUUAUAGCUCAUGAGUCCUAUAAGUAAUAUCUGCACAGGAAACUUCCUUCUAAAAUGUGCAAGCCCACUUAAUGGACUUCUGACCAGAAAAUUCCAUAGUCCAACUACUUUUCAGAGAAAUGUGACUUCCUCAGUGAACUGUUAAUGGUCAGUACUACAUCACUGCUUUCGUUACUUAAUUCUGCUUCUAAAAUGCCAGUCUUUUUGAGACAACAAAACAUAUGGUGCUUUCUUGAUGUUUGGCCCAUGGAUAAAGAGUUAAGGAAACGGGGGCUGUAGUCUGGACAGUUGACAUCAUGUAUUUAUUUCCAUAACGGCCCAAGUUGGGUUAUCACUUACAGUCUGUCCUUGCCUUGAACUAGGAGUUGUUCCAACAGAAUCCUCCUAAUUAUUAAAACGUAGUGAAAGAUGCACACACAAAGCUUUAAAUUUGAGUUUUAAAAUACGAUUCAAGUACUUCCCUUAGGAGUCUGUCUGUAAAAAGACCAUUGCUAGUACACAACACAGAUGGGAAAUAAAUGAUCCUCUGGGUUUCGAACUUUUAGCGAGUGUUCAUCAGCUCAUAAAGGUGAGAAAUCAGAUUGUUGAAUAUUUUCACUUUUAGUGACAGUACCAGCUGUCUUAAACCUGAACUCCAAGAAUAUACUAUUCUAUAACAUUUAGUCACAGACCUGAAAGCAUAGAGUAAAAAGGGGUAAGCAGAACUGCCCUUGUUUGCAGAUUGAGAAAUUCAAAGGUUGAAUGACAUGCCCAGGCUUGCCUGGGAAGCAUGUCCUUUCAAAACAUUAUCCCAUAAAGAUAUCCAGAUCUUAGUUUUACAUUCCUUCUGGUGUAACUCCUUUUUACAACUGUGCUUAGGAAAAGGGGAACUAAAUUAUCAUUGUAGUUUCUUUAAAAGAAUCAAGCUAGGAAAUAAAUAUGGAUUGAAAGACUGGUAUAUACUGAUGAUGUGAGUGAAAGUAAUGAGGAGCUGUGCUUUUCCUGUGUCUUUCUUUAACUCAAGCAAUUUCCUGUUAUGAUUAGCAUUUUCAGGUUAAAUUGAAAACCCUCUACCAUCCAUAAUACUCAAACCAUGUAGCUUUGUUAGAAGUCCUCAGAACAAAUACGGACACUUUAUUAAUUGCACAGGCAGGAAACAGUAAAGUUACUUGAAAGUGGCUGUUAUGAUUUUGUGACUGUACAUAGAUCUUGCAAGAUGUUAAUGGUAAUAUGCAUACUGUACCCCACAUAAACACUGCGAGAAUAGCAUGGUCAUUGUUACGCUUUAUAGCUGUUGUGGAAAAUGUCUUAACCUGCAUUCAUGAUUAUAGUGCCCAUCCUAUUCCCAUGCCUUUUUAUACAGUUGUGGUAAGGUUGUUAUGAAAUCCUUUUGUCAGUCAUGUUCAAGCUAACUUACCUAUGUAUAGAAUUUAUAUAUUAAACCCCCCCUAAUUUAUACUGUGUUUUAACAGUUUGCCUGAACUGUCUAUGGUUUCUAAAUUUUGUAAUGUGAGUGUCAAAUAAGAAGAAUAAUUAAAAAGAGAAAAAGGCU